ACUUACAAAGUUGUCCGUGGCCAAAUGAGUACUUGCAAUUGAGGUACCAAUACAAAAUUUUUACUGUAGAUAGUACCAGCGUCGUUCUCUCUACCCUGCAAUUUUUAGCUUGCAAUUCAAAGUAUAAGUGCCUCAUUUGGCCAUGGACAACUUUGUAAGUACCCAAUCGGCCAGGUGAUGUAAGACCACGGAGUUCCGUUUGCAUCUCUCGAAGCUAAUUCUUUCACAUUCGGAUAGAGCACGUCGAAUUACAUAUAGACAAAGUAUUUCCAGCCCUCCAAAACACAAAAAUAGCGCUAACUAACCACUCUGACCAGCAACUUGUUCAGUUUCUCGUGGAUGGCUUCGUGUCUGGCUUUGAUAUUGGUUUAUCUGAACUGCCUUCAACGUCUUUCCAGUGUAAAAAUAAUCGUUCAGCUCGUGAUGCACCAAAGGUAGUUGAAGAUUUGAUAAAUAAGGCUUUGAAGCAGGGUUAUAUGAUUGGCCCGUUUGUUGAGCCACCGUUUGAUACCUAUCGUAUAUCACCAAUAGGCGUGGCUUACGGUAAGUAUAACCGUAAGCCGCGUCUAAUCGUAGACCUUAGUGCACCCUAUAAUAAUCCAUCACAUCCGAGUAUUAAUUCAUUGAUUGACAAAGAGGAAUUUUCACUGUCAUACGUUAGGUGCGAUGAUGCUUUGCAAAUUGUGAAUAGUCUCGGGAUUAAUACAUCGAUGGUUAAAACUGAUAUAGUUGACGCAUUCAAAAUCAUACCUGUUAAACCGGAAUUGUAG